GUUGCCAUGGCAACAAGCUAGAGCAUCGCCAUUUUGUCAGGAGGGUUUUUCCCCCCAAGCUCAGUCGUUUCAAAUGUUCCCCCUUCCCGCCGGAAUAAUGCUGUCAGUGGAUAUACCUUUGACGUUUUUGGAUAACGAGACGCGUCUAAUGGACCGGGCGAAGAAGAUCAAGAGGCCGACGUUUUAACGCCAUAGAAAUAAUUAGGCGGCGCCGCACUAACUCGGUUGUCCGCGUCUCUGGUCCACCGGGCCGGUUCACUGCGCAGGUUUGGACCGCGCGCCAUUUUGUGAAAAUUGACACAAAAUUCCGAAGCAAAAUUACCAGAGGACGCGGCUCGUAUUUCGGGUUAAAAAUACACGGACUACACCCGCGCCACACAGCGGGUCGCGGAGGUCGACGGCAAUUUUGACCAAGGCUGCGUAAAAUCCGUUUGACGUACCUUUUAUUUAGCUGCGGCUGCGAUCGUUAGCUUGAGGCUAGCCGGAGAAGCUAGCGCUAGCUUGGACGGGCUAGCUAACGUUAGCUGCCUUCAUUUUGUCAACUAGCUUAGCCAACUUAGCUAGUGACUUAUGCGCGCUAGUUCAAGUUAGCAUGUUGCUAGUCAUCAGCUGAUGGUAACGUCUCGCUAAUGUCGCCGCGAUUGUCGACGUCGUCUGCCUGAAUUAUCUACGGAAAUGAAGAGUUUGUUGGAUCUGGCUGGCAAAUCGUCGUAGUGUUUGCCGGUCGGAGAAAAGAUCCGAUUUGACGUUAUCAAUACUCGGUAACCGUGCAGGGAGGGGAGAAUUACCAAGCUGGAUAAGUUUCCUCAUCAUACAGGUUAUUGGACUUUAAAUGAAGAUCGUGCCAUCAAAGUUGGUUUGCUGCUGGACUCUCCUCCCAGGAUGAUAUGAAAUUUUUGCAGAAGAUGCAUCCAGGAGGAGAGACUUCAGCAUGCAAACCUUCGUCUGUCCGGCUUGCGCCCUCUUUUUCUUUACACACUGCUGGUCUUCAGAUGGCUGCUCCAAUGCCCCAUACGCACCAGCAGUACAGUGACCGCCACCAGCCAAGCACUGACCAAUCUGUUACGGUCUUACCGUACAGCGACCAGACACCACAGCUCACUGCCAAUCAGAGGCACAUGCCCCAGUGCUUUCGUGACCCAACUUCAGCUCCCCUGAGGAAGCUCUCCAUUGACCUUAUCAAAACAUACAAACACAUCAAUGAGGUGUAUUAUGCAAAAAAGAAGCGGCGGCACCAACAGGGUCAGGGUGAAGACUCCAGUCACAAAAAAGAAAGGAAAGUCUUCAAUGAUGGCUAUGACGAUGAUAAUUAUGACUACAUCGUCAAGAAUGGGGAGAAGUGGAUGGACCGUUAUGAGAUUGAUUCCUUGAUAGGAAAAGGAUCAUUUGGACAGGUUGUGAAAGCAUACGACCGUGCAGAGCAGGAAUGGGUUGCUAUUAAGAUCAUCAAGAACAAGAAAGCUUUCCUCAAUCAAGCCCAGAUUGAAGUGCGCCUCCUAGAGCUCAUGAACAAACAUGAUACCGAGAUGAAAUACUACAUUGUUCACCUUAAGCGUCACUUCAUGUUUCGGAACCACCUCUGCCUCGUGUUUGAGAUGCUUUCCUAUAACCUGUACGACCUGCUCCGAAAUACCAACUUCCGCGGAGUCUCGCUCAACCUCACACGGAAGUUUGCCCAGCAGCUAUGCACUGCGCUGCUUUUCCUGGCCACGCCCGAGCUCAGCAUCAUCCACUGUGACCUGAAGCCCGAGAACAUCCUCCUGUGUAACCCCAAGAGAAGCGCCAUCAAAAUAGUGGACUUUGGCAGCUCGUGCCAACUGGGACAAAGGAUAUAUCAGUAUAUCCAGAGUCGCUUCUAUCGCUCCCCAGAGGUGCUUCUGGGCAUGCCCUAUGAUCUGGCCAUUGACAUGUGGUCCUUGGGUUGCAUCUUGGUAGAGAUGCAUACAGGGGAGCCUCUCUUCAGUGGAGCCAAUGAGGUGGACCAGAUGAACAAAAUAGUUGAGGUUCUCGGGAUCCCACCUAAUCACAUAAUGGACCUAGCCCCAAAAGCCAGGAAGUUCUUUGAGAAGCUUUCAGAUGGUACAUGGAGUGUUAAAAAGACCAAAGAUGGCAAAAGGUAUAAACCCCCAGCUUCAAGGAAGCUCCACUCCAUCUUGGGUGUGGAGACAGGGGGACCCGGUGGGCGGCGGGCAGGGGAGUCUGGCCACGCUGUCGCUGACUACUUGAAGUUCAAGGAUCUGAUCCUGCGGAUGCUGGACUACGAUCCCAAGAGCCGCAUUCAGCCCUACUAUGCCCUGCAGCACAGUUUCUUCAAGAAGACAGCGGACGAGGGGACCAAUACAAGCAGCAGCGUGUCGACGAGUCCCGCAUUAGAGCAGUCCCAGUCUUCAGGAACCACCUCCAGCACCUCCUCCAGUUCUGGAGGGUCGUCUGGAACAAGUACCAGUGGCAGAGCAAGGUCAGACCCUACCCAUCACCACUUACACAGUGGAGGACACUUUGGUACAGCCAUGCCAGCCAUUGAUGGAGACAGCCUCUGCCCACAGGCUCGACAGCCUUAUCCACCUCCGCUGGUGUGGGGAGGUGGAGUCGGACCGGAGGCAGUCGCCGGAGAGACCCACCCAGUCCAGGAGACCACCUUCCACGUUCCCCCUCAGCACCCUAAGGCCCUGCAUCCCCACUCACACCCUCAUCACCACCACGGGCAGAUGAUGGCAACGCGACCACGCCCACGCCACUACACCUCCCCGACACACAGCUCCUCGACGCAGGACUCCAUGGAGGUGGUUCACGGCCAUCUGUCUAUGACCUCCCUGUCUUCCUCUGCCUCCUCUUCCUCUACAUCUUCCUCUUCCACUGGGAACCAUGGCAACCAGGCCUACCAGCUCCGCCAUUUGCCCGCUGGAGCGCUUGACUUUGGUCAGAAUGGUGGGCUGAGCAUGGGGCUAGGUGCCUUCUCGAACCCACGGCAGGAGACUGGCAUGGCAGCGCACCCAGCGUUCUCUAUGGGCACGAACACGGGGCCUGGCCACUACCUGGCGGAAGGCCACCUGAGCAUGAGGCAGGGCAUGGACCGGGAGGAGUCUCCAAUGACUGGAGUGUGUGUGCAGCAGAGUUCGAUGGCCAGCUCGUGACUGCACUGACAUUUGGCUGUGUGUUCCCCCUGUGCGUCAUUUUUAAGGUGGUGUUUUUUACUACAAGGUGUGUUGAGAAUAAAAGCUGCUCACGUCAGAAGGGAGAUAUCACUGAACCGCUAUUACAGAGGGAAGACAACCUUUGUUAAGAAGAAGUAUAUAUGUAAUUUUCAUCCAUUUUUUUCUUUUUGCGACCAUUAGGCACAAAAUAAUACUGCGGAAUAACCAUAGUGAGAUCGAGACAUCCAUCUUACCAUUUCACCAGUUUCAUGUAAUCACCAUUCGGUAUUAUGUGGCAAAAAGGAGCAUUUCAGAGCAAAGUUUGAGGCUGUUAUCACAGAUAGCUAGCUGUCAGCGAUGAUGAUGCGCGGCGUCCUCUUUCACGGACCGCCUGACAUUACUGUUCCACUGGUUCCUCAUUAUUUUUGCCCUUUUUUUUUUCCCGAGCAAAAUUUUACACAGAAAAAAGCUGCUUGUAAAUCCUGUAGCUUGACAUGGAGGGGAAGUGUUUGCGGUGAUAUUUCUUGUCGGUCGGUGUCGUGUAACUCUGUUCGAGGGGAGCACAUAACAGUGGAGUCCCUAUACGCGUGUGCUGGCCGGGCGUAGGUGGAUACAGACACCCAAGUGGGUCAAAGGAGAGGGAAGCACCACCCCUCAGGCUAAGAGGCCCCAAAAGUCCUGCGAGCUGCAAACGGGCCUGGCACAGACGACAGCAGCGGUGGUCGGGGAGACGGCAAGGAUCCAGUCCAGCGAAAGGAAUAACGUCGGUGGCUGGUUCUAGAUAACAUUUUGGCCUUAUGACUCAUGGACUUGGAAUGGGAUGGAGCUGGACAUUAUCAUUUGAAUUAAGAUGGCUUUUCUCUAUUUUUCUCUCUAGACAACCCUUAAUUCUUUAAGGAAAUUAAAACAUUUUAGACAAAGGUAACUAAGAAUGGUAAUUUGAGGCCUUUCUCGACAAAGAUUUCUUCAGCAGGGCCCCACAUAACAGGGUCUUUAUUGUACACAACAACCUCCUAAACAUGACUUCCUUGACAAAUCUUAGUCACUGGUAAAGGAUUUUGCAGUGGAAAGAACUAUCCCAGAGUCUACCCCUUUUUAUGUUUUCUUAUUUUCCCCCCCUUUUGCAUGUAGUUCCUCAUCAGAACCACCUGCACAAGUCUCUCCAUCCAAAACAUGGAAACUGAAGAGAAAAAAAAAGAGUUAAGUGACUGCCUUUUUUCUCCACAAAAUUAUGCUGUGAAUUUUACAAGAAUUUAUUUUCCCUUUGGAUAUGUUUUUAUACCAAAGCAGUUGUUUUAUAGCAUAUAGGUGUCUGUAACCAAUAAUGUAGCAGUUCACCACUUUGACGCAAAGUUGAUCAAGAUCUUAUUUUACCGUCAAUACAAACAGCUGCAAUAUAUUACGUUAGCAAAACUGGAGAGUGUUGUUCACACCGUUGGCUAUUGUGUACUCUGGCCACAUAUGUUCGCCACCUUUUACCAAAACUGUUUCCAUAUUAAUUGGUAGUUUAUUUUGGGAGUCUUUUAAAAAACUUUGGUAUGUUAGAGAAUUUGGUAGUUACUCUGCAGGCUCCGGAGUAGCAAGAUAGAAGAUGAUGGGUUUGAGAAAUAAGAAAAAAAAAAGGAGACUAAUGCGUUCGAUUUCUGUGUUGUUGUUUUUCUUUUUCUUUGCCCCA